AUGGCCCCCAUCAAGAACAUCAUCUUUGCUCUUUUCGUCGCUGCCGAUAUGGCAGCUGCCCACAGCGUAAUCACCAAUGCAGUUGGAGACGCUGGCGGCUCUGGCAUGGCUCUCGGUGUUGACACAUCCACUCCUCGCGAUGGUACCAGACGCCGUCCCUUCCAAACCGAUGCUACUCGCUUCCGCGGUGAUGCAGCUGACACAGUUGGCGAGACGCUCGCUGGUGGUGACAACCAGAUCGAGCAGGGCACGCUCGACAUUAUGGAAGAGACUGGCAGUCAGCUUCCUCAAGUCAACCCUGGCGGCAGCCUUGAGAUGACUGUCCACCAAGUCAAUUCUGAUGGCGCUGGACCUUAUACAUGUAUGAUCAAUGCUGAUGGAACCGGUACUUCGUGGGAUAACAUCCAAGUAACCACCAACGUUGAGGGCAACGAUCGCGGCCGUAACCGCGAUGGUGAGAUGGGGGAUUUUCCUCUUGUUGCCUCUAUCCCUGCUGGACAGAACUGCACGGGCUCGGUUGCUGGUGAGGAGAAUGUUUGCCUUGUUCGUUGCCAGAACCCGGCGCGGGCUGGUCCUUUCGGUGGUGUUAUUCCAGUUCAAAUGGCCCAAGCUACCGGUAACAAUGGCAACAACAACAACGCUGAUACCGGUAACGCUGGUAACACUGGUAACACUGGUAACACUGGUAACACUGACAACACGGGCAGCGCGGGCAACAAUAACGGCAACGGCAACGGCAACGCUGAUGAGGAUGAUGAAGAUACCCAGGACCAGAACGACACCAACACCAACAACCGUAACAAACGCCGCGCUACUCAUUUCUCUGCAUAA